GAGCUCGGCUACUGGCGCGGCGCGAUCCUUCAGUACGCGACGCGACAUCGGACAAAACGUACGCGGAUUUCAAAAUAACACAACACAACACGAAAGGAAAAAAAUAAAAAAAAACAAUCACCGGCACAAUCAUGUCAACAAAGGUUGAAGCCCCCGCUGUCUGUAACAGCUGCGACAAAGUGAUUCAAGGCAGAAUCGUGACGGCGCUGAACAAGAAAUGGCAUCCCGAGCACUUUGUCUGCAACACCUGCCGUAAGCCAAUCGAUGGAGCCAAGUUCCACCAGCACAACAACGGUGUCCAUUGCGUGCCCUGCUUCACCAAACACCACAGCCCGCGGUGCCAUGGAUGCGGCGACCCCAUCACUGACCGUGUGAUCCAAGCUCUUGGCGUGUCGUGGCACGCUCACCACUUCGUCUGCGGUGGAUGCAAGAAGGAGCUUGGCGGUGGAGGGUUCAUGGAACAGGCUGGCCGUCCCUAUUGCUCCGAUUGCUACGCAGACAAGUUCGCCACUCGCUGCAAGGGGUGCGGAAAUCCAAUCGUCGAUAAAGCCAUCAUCGCGCUUGACGCUAAGUGGCACCGCGAUUGCUUCACGUGCAUGGCGGAUAGAAGCAACAUUCGGAUCGUUGAGAGAAAAAGUGCAGGAAUCCAGUGACCGAUUCGACAUUCUCCGUGAUGGAAAACCAGCCACUCUGCGGUAAAUGCGCUUAAUUCAUCACAAAUAUAUAAAUAAAAUCCCCCAUCGAGAUGUAUAGAGUAACACUUUUAGAAUUGAUGUGACAUAAAUUGUAACUAUUUAAAUGUAUAGUGAAUUAAUGUUGGAAUUAAUAAAAAUAUCAUGAAAUCUGACAGGGCUACCGUAAAACAUAGCACUGCGCUAGUAACAACAUGAAGAUUAUUUGUAAUGUAUCACACUAAUUGCACAUCAACAUUAAAUAAUAUAUAAAAAAAGAGUUCAGGUAAGCCUAGGUACCUAAAAGUAAUAUGUCAGAUUUUUUAAAUUAAAUUCACCGUCACAUGAUUAUUUACAAGUUAUAAAAUCAGCUAAUCGGUCUACCUAUAACGCUCAGUCCCCAUUUUAUCGACAUCCUUACAGUUGUUAGCGACAGUUAUCAGGGUACGCUAAAGCAAAACUUUUGUGUCACUUUCAAUUUUAAAGAUGUGAUUAAUAUAUUUUAUCUACAUAUUUUAUUAUGUCUUAGUUCAUAGAAAACUUUUAAAUAUCUUUAAUUAUGAUGAUUUUCUCUGGAAUUUAUGUCAUUCAAUAAACAAACGAAAAAAAGAACGCACCAAAGAUAAAUUACUCACGCGCAAUAAUAUUUCGUGUGUAAAUAAACUUUUAGUGUUACAUUAUUAUUACAUUUCUGCAUAAAGGAAUUUCAAAGCAUAUUAAUAAUUCGCACUACAGACAAUUAGAAAUAUGGUUUGUCCUUAAAAUCCAAGAUAAUGAAAAAAAAGGUUUGUGCGAAUUGACACCAAAUAAACAGGGUUCAGUGGAGACGUUAGUGCGUUUCACUUACAAUUAUGUAAAUUAUGUGUCUAAUCUUUACUUUCUUAAAGCAAUCCGUUAAAAUCGAUAAACGUAUUAUAGUGUAUCAAAAGAAAAAAAAUUACAAACAAUUAAUUAUAAGUUCCAGUACAAAAUUGUACUGUUUUAUUGUCAAAGACAUAAAAUUUUAGAAUAAGAAAUUGAAAACAAUUUAAAUAUUUGUGAUUAAUAAAGCACGCUGUGAUGCUUAAUAAGCUUUGGGCUAAAUUUUUGUUUUUCGUUUCACUUUUUACUAAGCUAAGAUUCAUUUUGUACGCUUCGAUAAAGUUUUUGAAAUAAAUAUAUUUUUUUGUUCGACAA